ACAGAGUCCAGAUGUAACCGGUGUCCAACUGUGAUGCAGCCGAGUGUCAACCUCAACAAUCUCCAAGUCUCCAAUCAGGUUUUGUGUGACAAAUAUGGCAAUUGUAUUCACCUCGGAGAACGGGACUGCAGCAUCCAGAGACGUAACCAGAAGCUUUUGGAAGAAGCACCAUCUCCUGCCCUAACACCUGAGCUGAGAAAACGAAUGGGCAGUGCAGCUGUGGCAGCUGCAUCAUCAAUUGGGUACGUUGGUGUGGGCACUGUCGAGUUUCUGCUGGACUCAUCAGGAGAUUUCUAUUUCAUGGAGAUGAACACCAGGAUCCAGGUGGAGCAUCCUGUGACAGAGAUGAUUUACUCCAUCGACCUUAUCGAAGAGCAGAUCCGUGUGGCCAUGGGCAAGAAACUGCGUUAUACACAGAAUGAUGUCAAGCUCUGUGGACAUGCAAUUGAGUGUCGAAUCAAUGCCGAGGAUGCUUUCCAAGGAUUCCGUCCAGGACCAGGACUAGUGACUGCGUACCUUCCGCCUGGAGGUCCAUUUGUUCGCAUGGACAGCCAUCUCUACGCAGAUUACUUGGUUCCUCCCACCUACGACUCACUUCUUGGCAAGCUUGUUGUGUGGGCACCUACUCGUGAGAAGGCAAUCACUCGUAUGCAACGCGCCUUGCGAGACACUGUUGUAACAGGCAUCCCAACCACUGUGGAUUACCACAAGCUUAUUUUGGAAAUCCAGGAUUUCAAGGAAGGAAAGGUGGACACAUCGUUCAUCCUGAAGCAUGAGGCAGAGCUCUCAACGCGGGACAAGCCGCGAGUUCGAGCUCCGCUUGGGUUACUCAAGCCCCUAGCCAUUCCUGCUGGUCCGGGACAGAGUGUUUCCAUGGACUUCAUGGAUACCCUCUUGACCCGCAAGAGUGGCAAGAGGCAUAUCUUCGUCAUAGUGGAUAGGUUUACUAAGUUCGCCAGACUGAUUGCCAUGCCAGAGACCGCAAGGACUGAGCACGUCAUCAAGUUAUUCAUGGAUAACUGGGUGCGUGACUUUGGGCUGCCGAAGACUAUCGUUAAUGACAGAGAUGUCCGUUUCACAAGUGAAAUGUGGAAGAAGGCUGCAGAACAGAUGGGCAGCCAACUCCAGAUGACUUUUGGGAAUCAUCCCAAAGCCAACGGGCAGGCUGGACAGAUGAACCGAGUGGUGCAGCAUCUGCUGAGGCAUUACAUAAAGCCCAGCCAAGAUGACUGGGAUGAGAAGUUACCUCUCAUCGCCAGCCUGUACAACAACGCUGUGCACAGCACAACCGGAGUCAAUCCGAAUCAGCUGCACUUGGGGUGGAAGCCUAGAUCUGCUCUAGACUUCCUCCUGCCUGAAAACCGACCUGCUGCAACUCCUCGAACCAUUGAAUUUGGUGCCCAGUACGAGAAGUUGCUGCAGCAAGCUGUCAAACACAUCAAGAAAUCUCAGGAAGCAAUGUUUGCUUCUGAGAACAAGCAUCGCCGACAGUCCACAUUUCAGGUAGGGGAACUUGUCUGGGUUAAAUCUAGUGAGUUAGGGCAAGAAUUUGGCAUCUCUAGGAAACUAGUGCCUCAGUACUUCGGUCCUUGGGAAGUCUUGGAUGUUGUGGAUAGUGAAGAAGAUGGUCCCUCGUAUGUGAUUCGAAUCCCUGGUCACCUACGCAGUUACCCUGUGUUUCACGCCUCAAAGCUUGCACCUUUCGCUGAGACACAGCAGUUCCCAUCAAGGAGAUCUAUGCUGCCCCCAACCAUGGAUGGCCACGUGGACGUCGACGACAUUUUGGAGCACAGAGACAUGCCUGUUCCUAAGCCUGUGGGCAGAGGAACACCAAAACCCAAGAGGGAAUACAGGGCUGAUAAUAGGCCUCAUAUCCAAAGCAUGACGGUACCUUCAGUGUUUGCAGCGUUGAGGAUGCCUGUGGUCUCUCCAGCCUUGUAUCCUGAGCACGCAUGCUCGCGCUCUGUUCUGCAACCCCAUAAUGCCACCACCUCCCCCAAAGAAGAAGAAGAGCAUGUUGAGAGCAAUGCCAGCAAAGGUGAGCGCCAAUCAGAGAGGCAAUCAGAGAUGAAGAGAGAACCUGAUGGACAGCUCGUCCAGGAAGGCGACAAGUCACUUGUGGCGGUAGUGGGAAUGGGAGAAGACGAGCACGUUCAGAGCAAUAAUGAAAGUAAACGUCAUCAGGAGAGGAAAGGCGUAACGAGGAGAGAACCGUUGCCGCAGCACAUCUUUAACGACGAGAAGUCGCUGGUGACGGUACUGUCGAAGAACAAGAGCUCAAAAUUGGUCUUGAAUGGAAACGAGUCGUGCAACAGAGGGGAGGGAGAGCUCUUGAAAUCUAGAUCUCUUGUCUGUACUUGAGAAGAGAGGCUUCUCUUCUCUUGAAAGAGUGCACAUCAUAUCUGGAACAUCAGCACAGAAUAUGGGAAGAGAAGUGUAGGUAGUGAAAGGGAGGGAGGGAGAGGAGGAGGACAUGAAUAGAAGGGGGGAGGGAGGGCAAUGAGAGAACUCCCUUGUCAGUGACGCCAGGGCUCAGCUGUAGUGGGCUUUCCAGAAUGCGUCUGGUUUGUGCCAGUUCCUUCAGGCAGUCCAAUGUCACUGCUCUUGUUAGAAUCAGCUACGAAGUGCGUGUGCGCUGUCAUGUAGAUCCAGUUUAUAGCAUCUUCGAAUUAAUUCGUUCUAUUGUUUUCUUUUUAACAGCGUUUCUUUGUCGGCUUUUGCAGCAAGAACACAGAUUUAGUGUUCGUUUGGUUAUUGGGGCCCUUUUGGGUUUCCAGAUUCUUUUUAUUUACUAGUUAGUAGCAGCUAGUCUUUCGAAGCUUGCGUUUGUUCAAUUUUGCUGUCAAUAAUGCUAGUGGAGGAGGAAGAAGAGGAUAUAUAUAGAAUAGAUGGCUGAAUUGUCAUCAUUUUCGGAGGUUCCCAUUGUUUUGCCAUCACUGGUUGUCAAAAUUUAUUGAAGGAAGACGGCAUUUCCGUAGACGGAUUUUCUGGAUAUUCCAUGAGGUGGGCGGCACGGAUGCUGCCUGCUCUCCUCCAGUGAACGUCUGGUUAAGCGCUCCUGUCCACAAUGUGCUCUCGUCCGUGGUCUGAUGCAUUUUCUCUGUCAUCAGCUCUUCAAUUUACCAGUUCAUCAUUUGAAGUAAUGCGCCUGCACUGUGGGAAGGAAAGCCCAACCCCUGCUGACAUUGCUGGUUUCGUUAAUCGACUCUGUGGUCAGUGGUUUCGUUAAUCGAUUCUUGUCAGUGGGUUCGUUAAUCGACUCUUCUCAUCAUCAGGUUAUGAGCAUUGUUGAAUAAUUCGAGUCUGGACUUUUUUUUUUUUUUUUUGGUAACUGAAUAAUAAAAUGGAGAUGUGCAG